GUGCGAAUCCGAACAACAAUUCCCAUUGUCGACACAAUUUAGAAGAAUAUCUAAAAAGAUGUCUAAUGAGUCCUGUGUCAUAAAAAAGUCAAAAAUAGUUGGUUUGUGCAGCCGCAGAAAUCUAUUGAGGGUUUAUAAUCAGAGGAGGGAGUCUGGAACCGUCAACUCAUUCAUGCUCCAUUGGCGGCAAUGUCAUGUCGUGCGAAAAGUUUGGGUAUGAAUUUAGUUGGAUAAUCCCACUAUUGUGCUGUUUCCCCUUUUUAUAUGCCAAUGCUUCAACAAUUAAAGCAUCAAGGGAAAUAGAAAAUGUUCCUGCAUUUGUUGGAGGGGAUCUUAGAUAUUCCUGGCAAAUAAAUACCCAAAACCUUUCACGCAUAGUACUCUUACUGGACAAUGUUCAUGUAUUAAGCUCAAAAAAGGGAAACUUCCCAGGUACAAGCUGUGUAGUCCUCAUGAGCAAAAAAAUAUUAAAUCUGUGCAAAAACAAGAUCAAACCAAAUUCUUCUGUGAAGGAUGGGAAGUUCAAUCUUGUUAUUAACAGAAUCACUGAAAAGUACUUGGAUAAAAGCGUAUGGAAGCUCAUCCUGGAUUAUCCAAAAACACAAAAUCUAAGUUCAUCCAUUCGCAUCAUGUUAAAAGAAACCUCUGCUCCAACUCCAGGUUGUCCAACUGGAUCAUGUAAACCUUGCCCUCCAACUCCAGGUUGUCCAACUGGAUCAUGUAAACCUUGCCCUCCAAAUCCAGGUUGUCCUUCCAUUCCUUGCCCCACUCCUAGUUCUGACAAUG